AAAUAUCAGCAGACUGUAGAGACAAACAACUGAAGAGCUUUUGUGAAACAUGCCUCCAGUAGCUAAUGUUUGAAGUAAAAGUUAUUCAGAUAAAUGUACUUUAUACUGUUAGUAACUAUAAAUAGGCCUAAGAUUUUGUUGAACCAAUGUUAAUGCUCAGGAAUAUGGCAGCUUCUAGGGCACCGGCAGGGUUAGAACCGUGUUCCUUUCCAUUGCCCCUGCAGAUAAUGAAAUGGUCUCCAGCCUAGCCUUGCAGAUGUCACUUUAUUUUAACUCUUACUUUUUCCCACUGUGGUGGGUGAGCUGCAUCGUGAUGCUGCACCUGAAGUAUCCGGUCUUGCCCGAUUACUACAAAUUCAUUGUGAUUACUGUCGUCAUCCUCAUAACCUUGAUUGAAGUGAUCCGGUUGUACCUGGGCUGCAUGGGUAACCUGCAGGAGAAGGUUCCUGAGCUGGCCGGCUUUUGGCUACUGAGCCUUCUACUACAGUUGCCUUUAAUCCUUUUCUUGCUCCUUAAUGAAGGCCUAAGGAAUCUGCCCUUGGAGAAAGCAAUACAUAUCAUCUUCACUGUCUUCCUUACUUUCCAAGUCAUCUCAGCAUUUCUGACCCUGAAGAAAAUGGUCAACCAGCUGGCAGCCCGUUUCCACCUCCAGGACUUCGAUCAGCUGUCUGCAAGCAGUGCGGCUGUGAGGAGGGUGAGGCAAUGCACGGAAGAGCUCUGACCACGUGCCGACCGUGUGCUGUCUGUAUGCCGACCAUGUGCUGACCAUGUGCUGACCACGUGCUGACCAGUGGACAUCAGAAAGAUGAUGCAAGAGGACCAGGAAGUGAGAGAGUGACAGGACAUCUGAGUCAGGCCUGAGAAAGGGCACACAAGUGCUGGGUGUGUACUCUAGCACGGAAACCCCCAUGGAGGCAAUGCCAAGGCUCACCCACCUGUAUCAACCCUACAGCUGAGGGGAUGUUUCUGAUGUUGGCUUUGUUUCUUUGUUGGUUUCUUCAUGAGUCUGUUGGCAGUUGCAAUGCCACCUUUUUUGUAACGUUUCCAGUUAUAAUCUGUGACAAGAAAUGUGUGGCACUUCAGACGAAAUCAGGUUUGUUCAGUGGAAUCUCACCGAAUGUGUCAACACCCUCCAGGACAUGCCCUGACCCAGGAGGAGUCAGCCAAUAUGAAAUUAACUCCGUGGUACUCUUGUGAACUUUUUGUUUCAUUUUGCUUUUGUUUUGGCAUUUCUAUCUCAUUAUUGGGGAGUAAAAAGGUUUGGGAAGGAGUUGAGAAGGGGGAAAUAUGAAAAGUAGUAUGAUGAAAAUAAUUAAUAAAAAAAAGAAAUGUGUAACAUUUCUUUUAAACUUGUCAGGUA